CCUCCCGUAAUUUGUAUCUAUUGCACAACGAUGUGAAACCAACCGUGAAACUUUGGAAAAUUUAUAUUUCUUUUCUUAUUAGAAGCUUAUCUCCAUCGCCACAUGAAAGACAGUGACCGCGUUUGACGAUUGCCCGAUAGAAACGGUAAAAAGUCGAAUGGCGCUUUUUCAACACUGCGAAAGGCACAUUGGAAUGCAAAAGGACGGUAACCAUGGCAUAGACGUUACGUAUUAAUUGUUAGAUCGUUAGACGUAUUUUGACAUAUCCGGAUAAUUUCGCGAGUAAAGAGAUCAUAAGAAAUCUCACAGAGGAAGGCGGUAUUUAUUUAAUUAUGAGCGAGCAAGAAAACAUCGCCGUUUCGAUAAAUCGAAUAGAGAAGCUUUUGAUAGGUGUUACGAGCAAGAUAAAGAAAUUGAUUGAAAAGCGUGAUGUCCGCGAUUCGGCGUUACUUCGAGAGAUCAUCGAUUUCAUCGAGCUUCUCAAAAAAUUCGUCGUAUCCCGCAUGAAGAGGACUCCUGAGGUAGAAAGCGCAUAUGCUAUCGAUUUGCAAGAUUGUCGGACGAAAAUAGCGGAAACCUUGGCGGAACUUGAAGCUUUACAGGAAAUAUCUGACGAACAAAGUUCAAGCUUCGACAUCUUUCUAAGAGAUAUCGUUACUUGCGUAAACGACGAGAAAGAGAUAAUGCGAAGCAUCAGGGAAACAUCAGAAAUAGAGAUACCAAGAGAAAUAGAAGAAUCAACCCGAGAGAUGCUGAUUGUAAAGAAACGCGAGGAGACGCGAAAAAAAGUACUACAGUCUGAAAUAGAUUUGACAAAGCGCAAAUUGCAAGAUAUUAUAGAAUUCAAUGCAGAGGCCGAGAAGAAGCUUUUUGAUAUAUGCGCAGAAAUUGAACGUGAAUAUGUCGCUGUUCUUGCCAAAUACGACUGCGAUAUCAGCGCUUGCCAUGCAUUGACAGAGAAACUGUCGAAAGACAAUGAAGUUAUUAAAGCAGAAAUUAAGGAAAUGGAGGAUCAGCUGGUCAUGCAACGGGAAUUGUAUACUCAAUUUAAGAAGGAGCAAGAAAUUGCAAUGAUGAAAGCUUUUGCUGAAAAACUGGAGUUCUUUAGGCGUAAUCGAGCCGCCAAGAUUAUCCAAAGAACAUGGAGAGCGUACUUCGAACGUAUUUCUCUAAAGAAACGACGAAAAACAAAGAGAAAAUUGCUUUAAGUCAAGAAAUAUCACAUCAUUAAUAUACGCAAUUUUUGACAAAGUGAAGAUACAACAUUGAAAAUAAUUGUUUAAGAAUAUGCUAAGACAUAUAUAAUUUGCUGCUAUAAUGACAAAAGGAUUAGAUUGGAAGGAAAAAAA